AUUUACCGACAGACAGCGACAGGCAGCAACCAAGUCACGAAGAACGUCAGUGUUGUGUAAUGUUCAAUAACAUUCGUGUAAUAUGGAUUGUAAAGCUUUUCUGAAAAGUAUCGGAUUUGAGCUAUUUGUUCCCGUAUUUAAAGGAAACGGUAUCACAAUAAACGAUAUACCAUGUCUUUUUGAGAACAAUGCAAAAUAUUUAAAAAAAAUAAUGCCAAAGACAGUUGAUCGCAUGAAUUUUGAGAAAAUGAGUCUUUCUCUCUCGUGUAAACAGGAUAAUAUUGUAGACCAAAUUAUCUUUGAUAAUAAAAGAAGGAAAAUCGAAUCCAAUUUAACUAGUGGUGAUCCAACAAUUAAUACUAAUCGUUUUCAUUACUUAGCAGAUGAAAUUGUGAAACUAUUUCCAGGAGAAAUAAAGGAGACGUAUUAUAUUCCAUCAUACGAGAUGUGA